CUUUGUAUUCAGUAUCUAAUAUGUGAUAGUAGUGAAGCAUAGGUAGAUAUAAGAUUGUUAUCUCUUUCUUUUAUUCGUUCGAUUUGAGAUAAAUUUGUCGACUAAAAACUUGUAGUAAGUUUCAAAUAUUCGAGUGUAACUGGUGAAAAAUUAAUUUUUAUUUCAUCUUGAAAGGUUAGCAUAAAUUUGAGAAUCAUGCAUACGACUCCCGAGCAACAAUUACUCUCUGCUACCUUGGAAGAAGGUGAUCCUGAACUCAGCGAGUUAAUAAAGGCUGAAAAAAAGCGCCAGUUCUCUGGCCUCGAAUUGAUUGCUUCGGAGAAUUUUGCUUCCGUUGCUGUCCUACAAUGUUUGGGUUCCUGUUUGACCAACAAGUACUCGGAAGGACAGCCUGGUGCUAGAUAUUAUGGUGGAAACGAAUUCAUCGAUAAGAUCGAAUUACUUGCCCAGAAAAGAGCUUUAGAAGCUUUCAACCUCGAUCCAGAAAAAUGGGGUGUCAAUGUUCAACCUUACUCAGGAUCACCGGCUAAUUUCGCAGUGUAUACCGGUCUCGUACAACCACAUGGAAGAAUCAUGGGAUUAGAUUUACCGGACGGUGGUCAUCUUACUCACGGUUUUAUGACAAGCAAGAAGAAAAUAUCAGCUACGUCGAUUUUCUUCGAAUCUAUGCCAUAUAAAGUGAAUCCUGCCACUGGUUACAUUGAUUACGAUAAAAUGGCCGAACACGCUCGAUUAUUUAAACCGCAACUAAUUAUCGCAGGAACCACUUGUUACUCGAGAUUCUUAGAUUACGCCAAAUACCGAGCUAUCUGCGAUGAAAACGAUGCCAUUAUGUUCGCCGAUAUGUCUCAUAUUAGCGGAUUAGUCGCUGCUGGAGUACAUCCGAGUCCAUUCGAGUACAGCGAUGUUGUCAGUUCAACCACUCACAAAACUUUAAGAGGUCCUAGAGCCGGUGUUAUAUUUUAUCGCAAAGGUGUGAAAAAAGUAACCAAAACUGGAGAAACCAUCAUGUACGAUUACGAAGAAAAAAUCAACAACGCUGUAUUCCCAAGUUUACAAGGCGGUCCUCAUAAUAAUGCUAUUGCCGGUAUCGCUACAGCCAUGUUACAAGCAAAAUCACCGGAAUUCCGAAAAUACCAACAACGAGUAGCAUCAAACGCUAAAAGACUGGCAUCCGAAUUGGAAAAAUUAGGAUUCUUCGUGGUCACCGGUGGAACAGAUACUCAUCUGGUUUUGGUGGAUUUAGUAAAGUCUUUCAAAGUGACUGGAUCGAAGGCUGAACAUGUUCUCGAGCUGAUUGAUAUAGCUUGUAAUAAAAAUACCGUUCCCGGUGAUAAAAGUGCUCUCAAUCCAAGUGGCCUUCGUUUAGGAACACCAGCGUUGACUACUCGUGGUUUGAGUGAAGAUGAUAUGGCUCAAGUUGCAUCUCUAAUUCAUAAAGGAAUUUUACUUGCUCAAGAAGUUCAGGCUGCAUCCGGACCGAAAUUAGCUGAUUUCAAAUCAGUAUUACAUAAAGAUGCUGUAUUCGUGGAGAAGGUAAAGAAAUUGAAAAAUGAAGUAGAAUCUUUUGCUGGGAAAUUCUUCAUGCCUGGGCAAGGCAUUUAUUAAUACGUACAAAUAUUUUGUGAUACGUGAUUAAGUGAUAUUUUUCGUAUUUCGUUUAAGAAAUAAAUCUUUUUUUACUCAA